UAUACCUACUGCGCAUGCGCAACAGACUCAUGCGCUCGCGCUCAUCAAGGACUUUCAGAUCGUCCAAGAAAAUAUAAAUAUCAGUGAAAAUAUAAUUAUUUCAGGUCUAAGCAGGAAUUAUUAAUAAACCUUAUUAUUAAACAAUAGUAAAGCAAUAUAUGAUAAUAUUUAUAUUGAUUAGUUAAGAUAUAGUUUAUUACGUGUUAGCUUAGCAUAGCUCAAUGUGGCACCAGGAGCUCCAGCUGCAAGAUGACACAGAAAAUAACAGACUUUUCCUCAGUUUUGCAAAAAUGGGUAUGUGCUGCCCUCUGCAGGCGAUCCAGGGAAGUCCAGCGGCGCGACACGUUCACUGCGCGUGCACCUGCCCUAAAUCUUCAUCGCUCUUCUUCAUCAUCAUCAUCAUCCUCUCAGUAUGGUGAGGAGUUUUGGGAGAAAAUUCUCAGCUAUCCAAGCACGGAGGUGACACAGUAUGAUCUGUGCUGUGGAGAUCCGGUGACCAGGUUCUCCAGAGAACCUGCUGAGAUGGUGUGGACAGGAACGAGGGGAGUGAAGAAUAAGAACCUCUCCGUGAACACUCUGCCAUCUCCGGCUCAGCUGAUGGGCAGAAGGAAGAAGGGAAGAGGACGAGUGCCGGGAGGAGACGCAGCACAGAGACAAGCAGCUGCAGUCACACAGCACAUCGAAGAGCUGAGAAGGAAACAGAGUGCCAUAGAGCAGAUGAAGGAGGAUAAGCAGUGGGGCUCGAUGCCGGGUUACAGUUCAGAGAACAGCUGCCCUUAUGAUGUCGGGACUCUGACUUCUCCUGAGACUCUGUGGAGUUCAGACCGGUCUCUCACACACUCUCACUACACUUCACCAAGUCCAACACACUUGAACACCGGCACCGUUAAGCCACAGGUGUUUGGUGGCUGUAAAGAGAUGAUGGAUCUCGUACCUGGUGGAAACCCCAUGAUGUCGUUUGUGGUAACCGGAACAGCACACAGAGAGGCUGAGCGGAGCUGGGACUCACCCUGUCUGGACAUGGUGUAUGUAGACACGCCCCCUAUGGACACGCCUUAUCUACACACACCGUGUCCAUCUCACACAGAUUUCUGGGACUUCCCUUCUAUUAUCUAGUUAGAACUUUUUUGCCUAUUCAUGAAUUUAUAUAUUGAACGUUCUUCUUUUCUUCAUAGAUUUGAAUUCUGAUCGUUUAUCGUUUUUUAUUUUCACGUUUAUCAUCCGACGUUUCGUCGACAAUCAUUAGUGUUUCCUGUUGGUUUUGAACGUCUGUGUUGUGUUUGCAGGCAUGUUGAGUGCUGUUCUGCUGAUAAGUUCUACAUGAAGUCAAUACGAUAUUAAACACAUUGAUGUUAAACACAAUACAAUAUAAUAUUAAACACCUUGAUGUUAAACACAAUACAAUAUAAUAUUAAACACCUUGAUGUUAAACACAAUACAAUAUAAUAUUAAACACCUUGAUGUUAAACACAAUACAAUA